AUGUCACCAGCAUUUUGCGGCACAAUCAUAACUACUCCUAUCCCUUCGCCGCGUGACCCAUAUGUGUGGGGCGAGGACAGCUCAGGACUGAGCAAAUGCUCGACGGCAGAGGCGCUCCAGGAAGCCCAAGUCACGCUUAACUACCUGACAGCGCUGCACGAUCCGUGCUCGCGUGAGGCGUUGGCGUAA